AUGACAAGCUCUCUUUGCAGUGUUACCUCACCCUUGGUCAUUCCAGAAGCAGCAUCUUCUAUUACAAAAAUUUAGGAACUACAUCAGAAAUUAGAGUGCUGUUCGCAUAGACCACGUCUUUGGACUACUACCUACCACAAGACCCAGGGCAUUCACAAUGAGCAUUAGUGAAGACGACGUGGAGAAGUUUCUUGAUGGCAACCCUGCUUUUGCCAAGCAGUACUUUGAGAAGAAACUAAGAACAGAGUCCGGGGAUAGCAAUGAGAGUGAAAUCCUUUUUGAGUUGAUUCAAGACAUGCAAGAAAGCAUCAACAUGGAGAAAGUUGUUUUCAAGACCUUGAGAAGAAUCAGGUCCCUUAUUCACGCUGACCGCUGUAGUCUUUUCAUGUACAGGCAGAGAAAUGGCACGCCUGAACUGGCAACAAGGCUUUUCAACAUCCAAGAGGGAAGCACCCUGGAGGAAUGCCUGGUCUCCCCAGACUGCGAGAUUGUCUAUCCGUUGGACAUAGGCAUUGUGGGCUACGUUGCGCAAACCAAGAAAACCAUGAACAUCAAGGAUGUCAGUGAGUGUGCCCAGUUCAGUCCAUUUGUUGAUGAGCUCACCGACUACACUACGAAAAGCAUCCUUGCGACGCCCAUCCUGAAUGGCAAAGAUUUAGUUGCUGUCAUUUUGGCUAUCAAUAAGCUGAACGGCCCAUACUUCACCAGCUCUGAUGAAACACUUUUUCUGAAGUACCUGAAUUUUGCCUCCUUGAACUUGAAAAUUUAUCACUUGAGUUAUCUUCACAAUUGUGAGACUCGAAGAGGCCAGGUGCUAUUGUGGUCAGCUAAUAAGGUUUUCGAGGAACUGACAGACAUUGAGAGGCAGUUCCACAAGGCUUUUUACACAGUGAGAGCAUACCUGAACUGCGACCGGUACUCAGUAGGUCUCCUGGACAUGACGAAGCAGAAG